UUUUUUUUUGUUUUGGGGCCAGUUCUGAUGAGAAAACUCAGAAAAGGAAGGGAUUGCAGGGUACGACUGGAAAUUCAAAAUGGAGAAGGGUUCAGGCAGAAGAGGAGCAGAUGGAGAAGUAACAAUCUCCAGGCAAAUUCCAGAGGCUCAUCUUUCGAGGACAUUAGGCUUCUUUCAAAAUAUAGGAGUCACUGCAGACCUCCCUCCCAAUUGCCAGGAAAAGGAUUUCUAUUCUCAUCUCAUUCGGGGCAUUCUCCAAGUCCAACGGGUGGAGCGUGGCCACCUCACUUGCCUCUUCUGCGUCGUGCCUGCUGUUGCGAAUUAUUAUGGAGGGCUACAUGGAGGGGCCGUUGCUAUCAUUGUGGAGUUGGUGUCGAUUGCUUGUGCUAGAACUGUGGUAGCUGAGGACAAGGAACUCUUUCUCGGUGAAUUGAGCAUGUCAUAUCUCUCUGCUGCACCAGCUAAAGCAGAAGUGGUCGCCGAUGCAUCUGUAGUGAGGAGUGGAAGAAAUGUAACGGUAAUUGCAGUUGAGUUCAAAAUGAAGAAAACCAGCAAGCUGAUUUACACCGGCCGUGCAACCUUCUUCAACAUGCCUAUUGCAAAAUUAUGAAGAUCCCUUUGGUUUUACUCCUUGGAAUAUUGGUAUCUUGUUGAGUAACUUGCCCUAGAAAAUACCUUUUGCAAUUUCAUAUAAAGUUUUCAUCAUCCUAUUAUAUACAUUUAAAAAUAAAUAAAACCCCUUCUUUAGUAACACAAGAAAUGUAACUUUUUACUAAAGGUUGUCUUCAAGAAACCUGGAAAUUGAUUUGAAUGGAAGGAGCUCUUUCCUUUCUUGCCA